AUGGCACACCACAAGAAAGUGCUGCUCAAGCUGAUUAUUCUGGGUGACAGCGGCGUCGGCAAGACGUCGCUCAUGAAUCAGUACGUGAAGCAGAAGUUCAGCGGCCAGUACAAAGCCACGAUCGGCGCGGACUUCCUGACCAAGGAGAUUAUGCUGGAUGACAAGCUGGUGACGAUGCAGAUCUGGGACACGGCGGGGCAGGAGCGAUUCCAGAGUCUUGGCGUCGCUUUCUAUCGAGGCGCGGACGCCUGUGUGCUGGUCUAUGAUGUCACAAAUGCAAAGUCUUUCGAGAAACUGGACUCGUGGAGAGACGAGUUCUUGGCCCAGGCAGGACCGAGAGACCCGGACGCGUUCCCGUUUAUUGUGCUGGGCAACAAAGUCGACAAGGAGUCGGAGCGAAGGGUUCAUAAGGAGAAGGCGCAAGAGUGGUGCCGGGGCAAAAACGCGCACCCGCCGAUCGAGCACUUUGAGACCAGCGCGAAAGAAGCCACCAGCGUCGAAGAAGCUUUUCAGAUGAUCGCGAGAUCGGCUUUGCAGAAAGGCCAGGAAGACGACAUCUACGUGCCUGAAACGAUCGACCUUAGUGGCACAUUACCGAAACGCGAAAGCUCAUUAUGCUGCUAG